AUGUCACAGCAGUUGGUGAAAGUGCUUGAAAAUGACGGCUAUGAUAAUGGCACGGCUGUUGAGAUCGUCAAGCUGGCUGAAGAAAAGCCAGAUGAUGUGGCCAGCGAGUUUUUGGAAGAAAUCAUAGAUGACAAGGCCGCUAUUACCAGAUACAUUCGGUCCCGAAACAGGCCCAAGCCCCUCUCGCAAACCAGACAGGAACCAGCCAAGAAACCACAGCCAAAAAGACUCAGUCCGGCUCUAUUAAAAACGUCUUCACCUGGCUCUUCCACGCGAAAACCAGCAAAUCCGAGUCAGCCCUAUGCCCGACCGAUAAUUCAACCUGGAAGCUCGAUUCACAAGCAAAUUGUUUCUGAAAAGUCCACCCCCGCAUCCAAAUCCGACAAGGAGUUCACUACCCAAAUGAAAAUCGACUCAAUCAAGGAUCUUGAUGCGGCAAUCAAAAAGCUAGAGCUCGACGACCCGACAAGAAGACCAUGUAAUUGUAUGGGAUCCAGACAUGGGCUUUGUGAAAUGGCACCGAAUUGUUUGAACUGUGGCCGGAUUGUUUGCGGAAAGGAAGGCCUUGGAAAGUGUUUUGGCUGUAGCGAGAGUCUGAUCGAUAAUGUUACCCUUGCCGAAGUAUUUGGGGUGCUGCAGGAAGAACGCAAUACGAUCAUCUCAACCAUGGGGAAACGUGCUUUGAAAAGUGCUAAUAUUGAUCCAUCGAGCAAUGACUCCAUCAAAGAGAACUUUUCAAAGGCCAAUUCAAACCUGGCCCGACUCUUGAGUUAUCAGAACAGUAGUGCAGUGCGCACCAAGAUUAUCGAUCAUGCUGCAGACUUUGACACACCAGACAUGGGCACCAACAUGUGGGCGUCGCCGCUCGAGCAGGCCCGGCAGCUCAAGGAGCAGCAGCGACGUCAGCGCAGGUCUGAAGAGGUCAGAAAGUCCCGGCGGGGGCAGGGCCGAAAACUUAUCAGCAUCGAUAUCCGAGGCAACAAGGUAUACCAGAAAGCCGAGGACGUUUAUGACGACAGCACGUCCGAAGAGGAAGAAGAGCCUGAAGAGGUGGAAAAGGUGGAAGAAAAACAAGCGUCGGCAUUUUUUGAUGUUUCAAAAUACGGAACAAAGUUUGUCAAGCCAGUUUACAAUGGUAGUAACUCUCCGGCCUCUAUUGCUUCAGGCAUUGUAGACGAAAAAGUCGCCCGGGACGACAACGAAGUGUUGGCUUGGUAA